AUGGGCGACAAAAAGGCGUCACCAGAAAGCGAACACCUGGAGUCCAAUCUGAAGGAAGACCCCUCUACUUUCAUUCCAGACCCAGGACAGGAGCGCCAGCCCUACGGUGAACAAGGUUUAAGAGGUGUUGUGACGAAUAAAUAUGUGGCGACAUGUGCAGCGUUUGCAACACUGGGAGGAGCCAUGUUCGGCUACGACCAGGGCGUUGUAUCUGUGACCCUCACCAUGGAGCAAUUCCUCAAGACAUUCCCAGAAGUUGGAGCAGAAGCGGCCGGGUCCGGGUUUCAAAAGGGUAUUCUUACAGCAAUGAUUGAGCUAGGAGCGUUCCUGGGCGCCAUGAAUCAGGGAUGGAUCGCAGAUAAGAUCUCAAGAAAAUGGUCAAUCUUCGUUGCCGUGUGGAUCUUUGUCUUCGGUUCCGCUCUGCAGACUGGAGCUAUGAAUUUCCCGAUGCUUGUGGGGGCUCGUUUUGUUGGUGGAAUCGGCGUCGGCAUGCUGGCAAUGGUUGCGCCAUUAUACAUCUCAGAAAUCGCUCCUCCUGAGAUUCGUGGUACAUUGCUGGUUUUACAAGAACUUUCGAUCGUCGCUGCUAUUGUGGUUGCGUUCUACAUCACCUACGCAACGCGGUUUAUUCCUAAUGAGUGGUCAUGGCGGCUUCCUUUCCUUAUCCAGAUAAUCCCCGCUCUUUUCCUCGGUGCCGGUGUUCCCUUUUUGCCUUAUUCACCUCGUUGGCUCGCUGGCCGAGGGCGGGAUGAGGAGGCGCUACAAGUCCUCUGCAAACUUCGUGGAGUAGAGGCUACCGACCCACGCGUGCUUCAAGAAUGGGUUGAUAUUCGGUCGGAGGCAGCUUACUGCACGGAGGUGAGCAUUGUGCGGCAUCCCAAUUGCCAGGAUGGAACUUAUUCCAGUCGAGCCAUGCUUCAUGUGUGGAGCUAUCUGGACUGCUUCCGCAAGGGAUGCUGGAAGCGGACCCAUGUUGGUAUUGGACUCUUGUUUUUCCAGCAAUUCGGAGGUGUCAACGCUCUCAUCUAUUACUCACCCAGCCUCUUCGAAGGAAUGGGCCUAGACUACGAGAUGCAGCUGAACAUGUCAGGUGUCGUGAAUAUCUGCCAGCUGGUGGCAUGCUUGUGGGCGUUAUGGGGAAUGGACAAAUUUGGUCGCCGGCCUUUGCUCUUUGGGGGAGCCGCUUGCAUGGCAAUCUCUCAUCUCAUCAUCGCCGUUUUGAUGAGUCAAUAUGAAACAGACUGGCCAUCUCACCCUUCUCAGGCAUGGGUCUGUGUUGCAUUCCUCUUGAUCUUCAUGCUUACUUACGGUGGAACAUGGGGUCCAAUUCCCUGGGCAAUGCCGGCUGAGAUCUUCCCGUCUGCUCUUCGUGCCAAAGGUAUGGCAUACUCGACAAUGUCUGCUUGGCUUAACAACUUCAUAAUCGGGCUGAUUACACCACCCCUUAUUCAAAACACCGGGUACGGAACUUACGUGUUCUUCUGUCUUUUCUGUGCAUUCUCAUUCGUGUGGUGUUGGUUCUUUGUCCCGGAAACGAAGGGGCGUACACUGGAGGAAAUGGACGCAGUUUUUGGGGACAACAGCUCGAGCGACGAAAAAAGACAACGCGCCCGUAUCGAGGCUUCCAUUUGGGCUCUUGCCGAUAGUAUGCCUCAUGGUGGACUUGAGGGCACACACAAAAUCACUUAG